CAGAGAGAGCUGUACAGACCUUAUCGGCAAAGACACCGUGGGCAUCUGACACGAUGGAUGACUUAUUCGACGUGUUCGAGGACAAACCGACCUCGAGCACUGCUGCCAACCAGCCUCCCAAACCCCGAAAAGCUAGGAAUAAGAAGAGACGAGCGAAUGGAGAUGCCAAGGUAGACGCAGAUACAACCAAUGGAGCCGAGUCGCCAGAGGCUCUCGAUGCUGUGGGUGACAAGAGUGAUGCGCAGGAUGCUGAAGCGCAGGAGGACCAGCCGGAUAUAAAACGCCUGCGAGUUGACCAGGAACCGGAACCCGUUGUUGCAGAUACCUUUGAAACAGAACAGUCUCGUGAAGUUGCCGCGUCCGCUGGAUUUCAGGGUCCGCAGGAUGGGAAAGCUGUCGUGUUAUCCCAUCAAGUACGACAUCAAGUUGCUCUGCCCGCAGGAUAUGAAUACGUUCCGAUCUCACAACAUAAACCGCCAGAGAAACCGGCGCGAGUAUGGUCAUUCACCCUCGAUCCUUUCCAGCAAGUCUCAAUUGCAUCCAUUGAGCGAGAAGAAAGUGUCCUCGUCUCCGCGCAUACUAGUGCGGGAAAGACUGUGGUUGCGGAAUAUGCCAUUGCGCAAUGCCUGAGGAACAACCAAAGGGUUAUCUACACAAGUCCUAUAAAGGCAUUGAGCAACCAGAAAUACAGAGAAUUUGCGGCAGAGUUUGGUGAUGUUGGACUGAUGACUGGUGACGUAACAAUCAAUCCAACCGCUACCUGUCUUGUCAUGACUACAGAGAUUUUGCGAUCCAUGUUAUACCGGGGCUCAGAGAUCAUGCGUGAGGUUGCUUGGGUAGUCUUUGAUGAGAUCCAUUAUAUGCGUGAUAAAACCCGAGGAGUUGUGUGGGAGGAAACAAUUAUCCUACUGCCGGAUAAAGUUAGAUAUGUAUUCCUUUCGGCAACAAUUCCAAAUGCGAUGCAGUUCGCAGAAUGGAUUACCAAAAUGCACAACCAACCAUGCCACGUUGUAUACACUGAUUUCCGUCCGACCCCUCUUCAACAUUAUCUUUUCCCCGCAGGCGCCGAAGGCAUACACCUUGUUGUUGAUGAGAAGGGCGUUUUCCGCGAGGAGAACUUCCAAAAGGCCAUGAGCUCCAUUGCAGAAAGGCAGGGAGCCGACCCCGCGGAUGCCAUGGCGAAAAGGAAAGGGAAAGGGAAAGACAAAAAGACAAAUAAAGGAGGAGAUAAGAACGGACUUUCGGACAUUUACAAGAUUGUCAAGAUGAUCAUGAUUAAAAAUUAUCACCCAGUUAUCGUGUUCAGCUUCAGCAAACGAGAAUGUGAAGCCUUUGCUCUGCAGAUGAGCAAAUUAGCUUUCAAUGACAACUCUGAGAAGGAGAUGGUUACCAAGGUCUUUAACAGCGCCAUAGAGAUUCUGUCAGAAGAAGACCGUGAUCUCGUUCAGAUUCAAAAUAUACUGCCCCUCCUUCGACGCGGAAUUGGUGUUCAUCACUCAGGGUUGUUACCAAUCCUCAAGGAGACCAUUGAAAUUCUCUUCCAAGAAGGGCUUAUCAAAGUUCUUUUUGCCACUGAAACAUUUUCUAUUGGUCUUAACAUGCCUGCUAAGACCGUCGUCUUUACAAACGUCCGCAAGUUUGAUGGCGUCAGCUCAAGGUGGAUUACAUCUUCAGAAUUUGUCCAGAUGUCAGGGCGUGCAGGUCGUCGUGGUCUUGACGACCGUGGCCUUGUGAUCAUGAUGAUUGAUGAAGAGAUGGAUCCUGCUGUUGCCAAGGAGAUAGUGCGUGGAGAGCAAGACAAGCUUAACUCGGCUUUCCAUUUAGGUUAUAAUAUGAUCCUCAAUCUUCUUAGAGUGGAGGGAAUAUCACCCGAGUUUAUGCUUGAACGAUGUUUCUAUCAGUUCCAGAACACGGCCAGUGUUUCUGGCCUAGAAAAGGAACUUGCCGAGCUUGAAAAUUCCAGAGGUGCUAUGGUAAUCGCAGACGAAGGCACAAUCCGAGAAUACUAUGAUCUUCGGCAAAAGAUAGACACGUACACAUCAGAUAUGAGAGCCGUGAUAACUCAUCCCAGUUAUUGCGUUUCAUUCCUCAAGCCUGGACGCCUGGUUCACAUUAAAUAUCAAGACCACGAUUUCGGAUGGUCGGUAGUGGUCAAUUGCCAAAUGCGAAGACCACCGAAGAAUGCGCCCCGUGAAGAGUACCCACCCCAUGAGAGCUAUAUAGUGGAUGUUCUACUGCCAGUAUCAGAGGACUCUUUUCUAAAAACAAAAGGUGUUCAGCCCUUGCCACCUGGUGUCAAAGCAGCCAAAAAGGGCGAAAGCUCAAAAAUGGAGGUUGUCCCUGUUCUUCUCAACUGUAUACAUGCAAUUUCCAUGGUGAAAAUCAAAAUACCCGGUAACCUAAAGCCCGAAGACAGCCGAAAAGAUGUCAAAAAACAGAUUGCGCAGAUACAGACACGAUUUCCGGAUGGGAUGGCUCUCCUUGAUCCCAUUGAAAAUAUGAAUAUCACGGAUGAUUCAUUCAAGAGGUUAUUAAGGAAAAUCGAGGUUCUGGAGUCUCGUCUAAUAUCCAACCCCCUACAUAGCUCCCCUCGACUUCCAGAGCUAUACGAUCAAUAUGCUGCAAAAGUGGAACUCAACAAGAAGAUCAAGGAUACAAAGAAGAAAAUCACCGAGGCUAUGUCAAUAAUACAAAUGGACGAACUGAAAUGCCGGAAACGAGUACUUCGCCGUUUCCAAUUCAUCAACGAAGAUGAGGUUGUGCAACUUAAAGCCCGAGUUGCCUGUGAGAUUAGCAGUGGUGAUGAACUUAUGCUUAGCGAACUGCUAUUUAACGGCUUCUUUAACACUCUCACCCCGGAGCAAUGUGCAGCCGCAUUGAGCGUUUUCGUUUUUGAGGAAAAUGCCAAGGACACUCCAGCCAUUACCAACGAGGAGCUUGCCAAACCGCUUAGAGAUAUCCAGGCUCAAGCCAGAAUCAUUGCCAAGGUUUCGCAGGAAUCUAAACUCCCAAUGAAUGAAGAAGAGUAUGUCAAAAGCUUCCGGUGGGAGCUUAUGGAAGUCAUGUUCGAGUGGGCAAAGGGAAAAUCCUUUGCAGAGAUCUGCAAAAUGACCGAAGUUUACGAGGGAAGUCUGAUCAGGGCUUUCCGACGCCUUGAAGAAUGUAUGCGGCAGAUGGCUCAGGCCGCGAAGGUGAUGGGAAGUAGUGACUUGGAAACGAAAUUUGAAACAUCUCUUACACUGAUUAAACGAGACAUUGUUGCCGCACAGUCUCUUUAUUUAUGA